AUGGCUCGUCUCUUAUCCUCCAGCCUGGUCGCAACACUCCUAGUCUCACAAGUUCUCAGCAACCCCAUCAUCCCCAAACGCCAGGAACCCUCAUACAGCAAACCACUAGGUCACUCCAUCGCCAUAGCACAAGCAUCUACCAGCAACGACAGCAUCGUCCCCGAAUCCCUGACCUGGUCCGAGGAUGAACUCUCCCAAUAUCUCUCCUUCAACUCCUCAUCUACCCUCGACCCGUCCAACAACUUCACCCGCAGCAGCCCCCAAUACCGAGACCACCACUCCAAACGCUUCAUAGACGGCGCCGACAACCGCUACGAAUUCGACAGCAAGGACUACCCCUACCGCUCCAUCGGCAAGCUCGCCUGGUCCAAUGGUGUCUACUGCUCCGGCGCCCUCAUCGGCCCUCGCCACGUGCUGACCGCAAAGCAUUGCUACGUCGCCAACACCCCUGGUACUUUCUCCCCCGGCUUCGACAACGGCGAACCUUUCGGCCACGCGGACGUUACUGUCGCCAUAAUGUCUUCGUAUGAAUGGGGUACGCCUUGCGGCUGGAAGAAUGACUGGAUGGUUCUUGUAUUGAACAAACGACUAGGCGACAAGCUGGGCUAUUUCGGCGCCAAGUUGCCGGACAAGAGGUUAGAAGACAAACCGAUUUUCGAGCAUGUGGGCUAUCCAGGCGACAAGGGUGGGAAUGAGCCGUAUCGAGUUGAUGGAAACACGAUUGAGAGUUCACGGCCUUGGGAUUGUGAUGCGACGGGGCCGUAUUACACUGCUACGGACUGUGCGGGUGGACAGAGUGGUGGACCGCAUUGGCAGCCGAAGGGUGUAGCCGGAGCGGAUGGACAUUAUAUUUGGGGGACUUUGUCAGUGACGAUUGAUUAUGGGAAUGGAGUGGCGGCGAGUGGGUGGGGGAGUGGAGAUUUGAUGUUGGGUGCAAUUAGGCAGGCGAGGAGGAAUUAUCCUUAA